AUGGUUUUAGAAGGUGAUAAAAAAAUAAAAUAUAUUUUAUAUACUCAGGAUGAAUUUGAUAAAGAAUUUUUAGUUGAUAAUCAAAAUACAAACUUUUGGAUAAAAUUAUAUUCAAAAAUUUGGUGUUUUGAUAUUUUUUAUCAUUUAAGAAAAGGAUCUAUAUCUGAUCUUAUUCCUGGUAUAAAAUGGAUAAAGAAUUAUAAACAAAAACGUCUUUUAGAUGACAGUAUUUGUGGUAUAUUUUUAGGAUUGUUUUCUAUUCCUGAAGCAUUAAGUUGUGGUCAUCUUACAAACUUUGGUAUAAGUUAUGGUUUAUAUACAUCAUUUUUUGCACCAUUAAUUUAUGCUUUCCUUGGUACAUCAAGACAUAUUUCUUUAGGAAUGUUUUUUAUUUCAUCAUUUUUAAUUUCUAAAGUCAAAGAUAAUAUUGAAUUAUAUUUAAUUGAAAAUGAAGAUGAAUAUGAUGAAAUUAGUAGUGAAGAAAUAUUAACAACUAUAACAUUUACAUGUGGUAUUAUAAUGGAUUUACAACAGGAGUAG